AUGGGCCCCCGGGCCAACAUCGAUAUUCUCAACGACAUCGAGCUACUGCUCUCCGCUGCGCUCUGGAGAGCCGCCAACCAAACAAUCAAGGGAUGGAACCUAAGGUCCAACUCUCUGCGCGGCUCGGCCUGCGAUCGCCUCGGCAUGGUCGCCGUCGAAAGCGGUCGCUGGCGCGCCGACUGCUGGGCCGACCCGAUCUCCAUCGUGCGGCGCCUCGCGGUCAUCGCCAACUCGACCUUCUCUGUCGAGACUGCGGGCUCGCGCUUCAGCGCGCUGCUGGCGCCCUCGCUGCUGCUCGCAAGCACGCUGCUCGCCGCGGCCCUGCUGCCCCUCUGCAGGGACGCGCGCAGCCUGGCGAGGCUCCGCGCCAGAAGGCCGAUGGCGGGGCCCGGCCUGAAGGUGAAGGACGGGCUGUUCCUGGGCGACCUGGACGCCUCGAGGGACUUGCAGUCGGCAGUGGAGGCCAAGGUCACCCGGGUGGUGAACUGCUGCGGCCAGGAGGUCCCGGACGCACAGCGUGGCCAGGGGCAGAGGGGCCCGCGGACGCCAAAUCGGUGGGAGAUUGCCGGGGUGCUGUACCUGACCUACAGGCUCGCGGGCCGGCGGGUUCUGGAUGCGGACGGUGCCACGAUCAAUGAAGUGUUCGAUUUUGUGGAGGGCGCGCUCCAGAAGGAGGAGGGCGUCCUGAUCCACUCGUCUCUGGGAGAGUCCAGGUCUUGCUGCAUCAUGCUGGCGUACCUGAUGCGAAAGUACAGGUGGAGCCUUAGCAAGGCCACCGACUUCCUCCAAUCGCGCCACGUGACCCCCCGGAUGAACGCCGGGUUCCAGCUGCAGCUGAAGGACUUUGAGCGCCGGCUGGCCUCCCAGUCGCUGGUCCUCAGCUCGGAGUGGGAGGACGCUCUCUCGCCCAACAUGGACGAGACGCUCGGCGAGACGUACGACGAGGAGCUCCUGAUGAACACGCUGCUCAACGGCAGAGCCGUGACGCCCAAGUCCAACUCCGAGCGGGACAAGUCGGAGCCCAAGCGCACCGUGGAGAGGAGGGUAUCGUUUCGCGACAACUGGUCCGGCGACAAGGCCCUGCUGGAGAGUUAUUCGCCCGCGAGCGCGACCGCCCCCGCCACGGACUCCCCGCUCGGCCCGCCCUCGCCGGCGGACGCCUGCUCGGACAGCGGCGCAGCGGCCGACGGCACCUGGGUGAUCCAGACGCCCGAAGGCGGCGUGUCGUGCAGUCGGGCGGAGAUCGUCCAGAGGCGGCUGGGCGUGAAGCUGAAGUGCAGCACCAUCAUCCUGGAGUACGCGGUGCCGUCGCGCGGCCUCCGGGCCCACCACGCGGUAGUGGUGGACCUCCAGACGAUGGCCGCCCGCCUCGGGAAGAGCCCGCCGGCCGGCGACGGCGGCAGGGGCUCAGACGAAUUCGACGAUGCCACCGCAGAGUACCUGCAGCUUCAGCACGCGCCCUGGCUGGGCGACGUGUGCCAGAAGCAGCUGUCGGCUCUCAUCAGGCGUCUGCGCUGCGGACCAGUGGUUCGAUUAAGUUCUGCGCUGGUAUUUGGCCAGAGCAGCAUGAUCAAUGUGAGCGGCCACACGGGCAGCACGAUCGUGAAGUCCAGGCGGAAUGCCGCCGCGGCCGGCGCCACGGUGUCCACCCAGAUCAUGUUCAAUUUCCUGAACAUAACUAACAAGGCGUUGGAGUUCAGCAGUUGGAUUCACGAUUACUGUGGCAGAGUAUUCAACCAGGAUGCAGACCACGAAGCAUACCAGUGCUCCGAGUGCGGGCUGAAUGGCUUGAAGUGUCUCCAGAUAGUGCGCAAUCCGUUGGAUCGAGUGGUCUCUUCGUACGUUCACACCAUGAGUACCAAGAUACACACAUUUAUCGAACGCGAGAUCGCAGACUUCGCCGCAGACGCCUCUUUCGCGGAGUUCAUCGCUUUCUUGAAACGCACUGCAGCAACGCGCAGCCGCUAUUGGCAAGACGGGCAUUACUUGCCCCAGUGCGACAAGACCUGCAAACAUACUGAAUUUGACAGGGUGCAGCAUCUCCCAGUCGAGAGCUUGGAUGCUGGAUUGGCUUGGUUUGGCCAAACCGAAAACAUACAGGGCCUGACCAGAAAGAACAUGUCAUCGAACCACUACGUCAAGAAGUCCCCCCGGGUGGACCCAGGCGCAGCAUAUCUCCGCUACAGCGAGCAUCUGCGUGAUUCGCCUCCGUCCUAUGAGUCCUUUCUCGCCGAGCCCAGCAUAUUCAAGGAUGUAUGUUGUCUUUUUCGGGCAGAUAUCGAGUUGUACCGCAAGUCAUGUUCUUCAGAGUGGUUGCAGGGGUGCGCAGAAUGCGUGGACAGUUGUGCCAGAGAGCUACGGAGGGUGCAGGCGGAUUUCAGCCACAACGCGGAAGAAAUAUUUGCCGAGGGCACCUUCGGCGAAGGAAAGCAGUACAUCAUGGUCUGGCACCCGCACGGUUCGUUCACGAUCGCGGCUCUGUAUUUCAUCUCCAGCUUCUGGGCGAGGCGCAUUCCGUUCCUGGCAGAAUACCUGCUGCUCUGCCAUUCUCGCGACCAGGAUCUGGCAACCUUCGAAGGGCUUCUCAAGACAGGCGCCACUGUUGCGGUGCAGCCAGGCGGCCUGGCAGAGCAGGUGGAAACUGACCACCGACGCGAGCUGAUCUACUUUCCGCGCAACCUGGGCUUCGUCCGUCUCGCCUUGAAGUACGGCACGCCCCUGCUACCAGUCUACGCGUUCGGCGAGAACCAGUUGUACAAGACCGCGGGCUGGACGCGGAACGUCAACAGAUGGUUGUACAAGAACUUCAAGGUGGGGAGCAUGCUCGUCUUGGGGCUGUUCGGCAUCCCCAGCACGCCGCUGCUGCCGAACCCGCUCAUGCUGCCGACGCCGGGCCAGGGCCUCCACGUCCGGUGGGGCCGCCCUGUCGAGGUGGGGCCGCCGGUGGCAGAGCCUCCCGAGGCGCUGGUCCAGGAGACUUUCCAGCCGCCGUGGUCGGUGGCCACAGUCAGGGCCCAGGGUCAAGUCGGGCCCGCCCCUCUUACAGGAGGAAGAUCCAAAGAUACUCCACAAAAAUAG